AUGUCUUCCACCAUUUCCUUUCCUGAAUCCUUAUCACCUCCUUUAUCUCAAUCUCCUACCUCUUUGACCGCACAAACCACACCAGAACUCCACAUGCCUGCCCUUGGUCCAGACCCAGCUGUACCUAAUCAGGCUAACAUCCCGACCCUACCUCUUCCUCGAAAUCGUGAUACAGAGGACGAAACCUCUCUCGCCUAUCGCACAUAUCGCUACGCUCCUGAAAUGAUGCCUAUGAUUGGUGAAAGAGGAGCUCCACCCCUAUUCAAAGGAAGUCACGAGAAAAUCACCUCUUUCCUGAAAAAGUACAAUGCCCUUUGUACACGAUACUCCAUCACACGCUCAGCAGACAAAUGUGAACGGGUCCUGGAUUAUUGUAGUGACAAGGUGUCAGUGCUUGUGGAAGCACUCCCAGGGUUUCGGCAAAGCUCCUGGAGUCUCCUUCAGGCUGAAAUGGAGAAACAUUUUGAUGCCGACCGCAAGGAGAAACGCAACACUACCAGUAAAUUAGCCAAGCAUACCAACUAUUGGAGCUCCAAGAAAAUCAAGUCGCUUACCAAGUGGAAACAAUAUGAGCGGAAGUUCAUAUCCAAAUCUGGAUGGCUACGCAAAACCGAUAAAAUCACGGAAGAAUUAGAGGCUACCUAUUUUUGGCUUGGAAUCCACCCAGACGCCCGGCAAAAGAUAGAAAACAGACUAUUGGCACGACAUCCUCGUAUUUCUGUCAAAAAGGCAUUCCCCAUGGCACUGGUUUCAGAAAUAGCACAAGAAAUCUUUGAACGAGACCGAUUCGAGUACAACCUCAUUGAUGUUGGAUCAGACUCGGAGAAUUCCUCGGAUUCAGAUUCAGACUCAGAAUCAUCAGAUGACUCAGAGGAUGAAAAACGAACCCGUGCAAAGAUCAAGGCACUUAAAGCUCGGAAAUCAGCGAAAUCGAAAUCCAAGAAAUCCAAAACUCACGAUCUUGACUCCGAUCCAGUAACAGAAAACCUACAGUCCCCGAAAGAGUACAGUAGUCGGAAAUCCAAAACUAUUCCGCCGGAGGACAAGGUCGAAGGACUAAUCAAGAAAAUGUCCCAGAUGAGCUUAGACGAUCCGGAAUAUAGUACCACCUACUAUAGGGCCUUCUGCCUUGAUGAACGAAUUACCAAAAUCUGUCCUCCCCCCAAUGUAGGACAACGCCAGCCAGUGGGGAAUAUGGGUCCCCCUCGAAAUAGAUUCCCUCCACCAAUUCCACCAAGAGUCAAUUCAUCAACCUUACCACCCACCUCAUCUUCCAAUCCCACACCUACAUCAUCUCCUCCUGCUCCAAACAUGACUCCACGACCACCUAUGACUUGUUACGGAUGUGGAGAACAAGGUCAUGGAAUUGCUAGGUGUGCACCUGUAGCGGAUCUCAUCAACAGAAGAGUAGUUGUCAGAACCCCAGAAGGUCGAAUCACUUGGCCUAAUGGAGCUCUAAUAUACCGAGAACAAGGAGAAUAUCUAGUCCAAUCAGUUCAACGAAUCACCUCUCAAUCCACUCCAGUAACUUCAAAUUUCGUUAUGUCCACAAACCCCGAUUGUUAUAUUUCGGCAACUGGCAAAAUAUAUGAAAUCGAAGACGAUUCAGCCUCAGAAGAGGAGGAAGAAGAAAACGAGAUACUUGCAGUAGAACGAAAUUCCAAGACUGUCACCAUGAACCGCAAAGAUCUAGAACGAGGUGCUGUAAAAUCUAGGCCUGUACUCAAUGAGGAUACAGGAAGACGUACCCGAUCAAAGGGUCCUGUACCAGACCCAAAACCCAGUUCAUCUGCGCCACGAUCUCGCCCGAACCCGGUUGUUCCAGUCAUCCCUACAAUACCUGACCAAACCCCUAUUGAUGCAAGAGUUCGCCAAGAAUUUACCGUGGAAGAUGUUACUAUGACGGACGAACUUCCUAAAUCCGCCCGCAAACCAGCUCCAGAAACCAAACCAUUACCGUCAGACCCCACCAAGCCAAACAAGGCCCCAAUAUCGCGCCAAUCUGAGAUUCUCCCCGAUCCUGAAUUAGACGCAAUACUGGAACGAGCACUUGCUUUAACUCUUCCAAUCACGCUAGGAGAAUACUUUGGGAUCUCUAAGCAAGCUAGAGAACAUCUAGCCAAAAUGUUUAAAGGAAAAACUAUGAAGAUAGCCAACGAACAUAGCUCACCUUCGCCGGUCGCAAUGGUGGAAUCUGAGUCAGCUCCUCAAACCCUUCAAGUUCAACUAGACGAGGAAAAUUAUGAUCGGGCAUCACUUAUCGUUGUUCCUAUGCGGUUUGGAAACGAGGUUAUCCAGGCGGUUAUCGAUUCCGGUUCACAACUCAACAUCAUUCAUGCCGAUACAUUCAAGAAAUCCAUUCACCUACCCGUGGACACUAAUCGAAUCAUUAAAAUGAAUGAUGCCAAUGGAGGAACUGGAGAAUUGAGGGGCUAUGUGCAGAAUGUCCACCUCACUUGUGGAAGUGUCGAAACGGUGGCCAACCUCUAUCUUGGUGAAAAGGCACCUUUUAAGCUUCUACUUGGGCGACCAUGGCAGCGUGCAAACCGUGUUUCUAUUGAAGAACGAAAUGAGGGGACCUACUUGAUCUUCCGCCCGAAGAACGAAACGACCUGCUACGAGCUUUUGGUUCUUCAGUCAGUUUUGCGCCCCGAUCAAAUGCUACAAGGUAUCCUGUGCAAAGAAAACUCAAUGCUUGCAUCUAUGAUGAUUCACGUACCACCUACCCCUACUACCAGCAAAAUCGAGGAACUAGAGAAUGACACCCCAUCAUUUCUAGACCAGCAACCUACGGCAGACUCAACACCCCCACCAGCUGCAAUAAAGGAAUGUAUCCAUGUACCAAGAGAUAGUAUCCUUCGUACCAACAACCCCUACUGUAAGGAAUGUUGGCCUUACAAUUUUCUUACUGCCUCAACAAAAAGAAGAAUUACCUACGAAGAUACUCCAAUAGACAUUCAGCAACAGGCCAAUAGAGAAAAUUACCUGAAACACAGUGAACAAAUCCUCAGGGAAGUAAUGGAGCUCAGUUUUCCAAGUGUGCCCCCUAGCCUCAAAAUAUGGCCAAGCGUUCCCUACUCAGCUCAUCGAGAAAAGGUUAUCAUGACCAAUUUCUCACCCGCAGGCCCACCGAAUCAAGGACCUUCCAAAAACUCUCUUACCGUAACACUAAAUCCCGAUACCAUCAAACCCAAAGAAAUUUGGUCAAACGAGAUAAUGGAUGAACAAUCUGUUCAAACAUACGUUGGAUGGUGUAACGAGAAAUCUCCGCCAGCUUCUUCCGUUAUGCAAAAAGGACUGUAUUCCAACAAUAAAGCAAUGUGGUACGAGGACCAAAGGGAACCACCGGAAUUUCGGCAGGAAAUAAGUGAUUGCACCACUUUUCAUCGCUCAAACAGCAGUAAUAGAAACUCACCUCCUUCGGAAUCCGAUCUCAAAAAUCUAAAUGAAGAACUCCUCCUUCAGCUAGACGAACUACUUCAAAUCUCCAAAGAAAAUCAACAAACUACCGAGACGUUUAGAAAUGAACUUCCCUCACCUCCAGCCACAUCUAUCCAACAUUCCAACCUCUUACCUCCGUUCAUAACCGAUAUUCCAUGGAACGACCCCCAAACUAUAAGCCAAUUCCCUGCCUUGACUAUGAAGCCCACUACCUUUUACGCAAAAUAUGCACCCAAAGGACUAGACGAAGAAAUUCAGAACCUAAAUUCUUCCAACAUCUUACCUGGAGAAGAUCCGGGACUAUCCACUCUACCCUUCGAUUGGGGAAAUGAACCCUUGAAUGCAGAAUUGGAAGCAAGACUAGCCGAUAUAGCUAAGACAAAAGAAAAAUUGGAAUCGGUUGAAUGGCGGAACAAACGCCGGAACCCAUACUCUUCAGGAAUGAAUCCCCAACAUAACCAGACCUCCAAGUCAGGACUUUUCGAUAGCUAUGAUAAGGCCUCCAAGCGACGAAAGAGCAACAAAGGAAAAACCCCUGAGGGGAUUAUUCGACCAUUAUGGACAGAGUCACUCAGGAGAAGAGAACAACAUUUUUGGAAUAACUCACAAGGACCACACCCUCCUCAAAGCCCAAAUAAUGGUACAGAGAACCCACCGAGCAGUACCACACCCUCUAGUGAUUCUUCGGAAUUCAUCCAUGAACUAUCUGAUGAAAAUGAUGCAUUAAACACCAUAGGCGAGGAAGUGGAGAAAUUCUUACUCAAAAUGCGGCAAAAUCGGAGCCAAGAUGAAAGAAACUAUCGGAAAGGCUAUGCGGAAGAAGGGUCAGAGACAUCUUCUAUUAGAAAUGCUUCAUCAUCCAAUAGUUCUCACUCACCCACGAAGGACAAUGCUCCAGAAAUCCAAGGGACCUUGGAAUAUCACCUGGCGGCCAGUUCAGACAACACAGACCUUUCAAACUCCCAUCCCCACAUCACGGAAACUUUCUCAAAAGACAAAGCGGUCACACGUAAAGACCAUCGGGAACUAACAGCAUCUGGUACAAGUAAUUCUAACAACUACAUGGGAGGCACAGUAAACUACGGCAGGACUAAAACGAACGGCGGAGGAACAUCUUGGACUAAUCUAACAAAAGAUGACCCAGUAAUCAGUAAUAAUCCUAGCAACCCUGAGGAUUCAGGAAACUUACGCAUCGAGGGAAGGAUACUAGUCGAACGUCCCAGUAAGGAUGGACCGACAAAGGGCGAAGAUGAGGAAGCACGUAACGACGAAUUUACGACAGUUGGGAAUAUGGUCCAAGAAGUGGGCAAAAUGCCAGCGGCUGGAAGCGCGGCACAAGGAAUAUGCGAGAUGCGAGAUGAAUGGAAAACGAUUCAGGAGAAGAAGAGGGACGAGAACCUGAUAAGGCGAGCAUUUGCAAGUGGCGUUAGCCCCAGAGACGUUGUACGAGGACUCACACAAACUCACAUUGAGAGAUGUGUCCACUACGAGAUCGACGAAGACUUGCAACGUGCGAGAGUAACGACUGUGGGAGACGACGGAGGAACAAGAAGAGCUUCGAUGGGAGAGAUAGAGUGCGAGUAUGAGAUCGAGCAUACGCGAACGAAAAAGGGAAGCACUACAGGCAGUUAUGGUCAGAACGAGCGAAACGAAAUGUCUGACAGCGCACCAAAGAAUACAACGUGUUCCAACGAGAAAGCGAGUAACGUUGACCAAGGAGACGUGGAAGCUGUGCGCCAUAACGUUCAGAACGGGUUCGAACAUAAUGAAACUCGAAGGGACUCACCAAUGAGAGGAAGCAACGACGAGGCGGGGCAAAUUGAGUCGGGAAGAAAUAGACGGCGAGGAGAAGAUAAUAGAGAAAUAGGCAAGGGAGUCGAGUUUGCUAUUGCGUCAGCACAGCGCGCCGGAAGCGAUGGAACGAAAAGGGACAAGUAUGGCGAAGACCUGGGCCAAGGAAUGAUGCAAGGGAGCAUGAAGAACGAGUGCUGUGUCGACGAUAAGGUGAUAACCAAGAAUGCGCGCCCUGCUGAGAACGUUAUGGAGAAUGAUAAGCAAGAAAUGGAAAGUGACGCACCUGAGGGGCUGAAACGCCGCCACUACACUCCACCACGGUCCUUCCAGAAUGACGAAUGCGAUGUCGAGCGUGACUGGCUUAUUGUCGAGAGUCAAUGUGGUGCGAACGAAAGGGCGAAUAACGACGGAGAGCGAAGUCGAACAGGAACAAGGAAUGAAGGGCGAAUGCGGUUGUUGCCCCCAGAACGAAUGCAAGAAAGGGUCUCCACGACGGAGACGGAUAGCCGUUGGAGUACAGAUAGUGGCGACGACGAUUUGAGAGUGCAGGCCACGAAAACGAGGAUUGUCAACAAUGAAGUGGAAGUGAGAAGACAAGGUGCGGCGCCAAAGUUAGCGCCAAACGAAGCCCGCACUUGGACGCUUCUCGUCGAACUUGACGAUGUCCUACUAUGCAAUCUACGGUCUCCCAAUACGAACUGUACCGAAAACAAUAAGCACGCCGUCGAAAUCAGAUGCGACUCACGCGGUACGAUAAGGAAUGAAUGCGUACGAAAAGGAAACGAAUGUGUAAGAAACCAGGAAAGAAUGUGUGACUCACAAGGAACUACCUGUUCUGGGAACGUUCCUGGAACGUUAGCGACCAAAUCGAACGGUGCAAAAAUGAAUCUUGGGUUGGGAGACCCAGGGGACGAGCAACGAAGACUCGGAGAUCUCGAUCGAAUCCGCUACGAAGAAUACUUCCUAGAAAGAAACAUAAGAGGUAUAAAAGGUUGUGCAGCCGAUACUGACGAAUCCUCAUCCCAGAAAACGCAUCCCAGCGCUCCUCUGAGACCUCAGACUUCGUACAACCAGCAAACCCAGCCUCACAGCAAUCUAACAAAUCCAACAAUGUCUACCAGUACUCUCAGCUCUAACGCCGUUAACAACAAAGACUACGACGAAGUGAAGGAAUUACUCGCUAAGUUACCUAUUAGCGUUCGCGUUUCUGAAGCAAUCAAGGUGCUCCAUGAAUCCGGUAAACCCCCCACCGUUCGCGUCGACAAAAUCACGCAGCCCCAGAUUGCGUUACCCAUGACGCUUGCCGCCGCAUCGCCUGGUGAAGAAACCACCGUCGAAAAUCGAAUUCGACGCUACGCAGCAAUCCAACAAGCGUCGACUGACGACCAAGCUCACCAAGUUGUCGGGGUAAUGACGUCUGCCAAUUUCAUCGAGCACCAAGAAUAUCAGUUACCCAACGGAAAGGUGUGCGUCUUCCUUGCUACAGACGUUCAUAUGUCUCGUCGCAGCACCGCCGAUCCCAAGGAAGUCCAAUGCAACUAUGGACACGCCUACAUCGUUCUUUCGCAGCCAAACGAACCCGAGAAACCCCAGCCUGAAGCUGCGCUUGCGCUAUCCGAUACAGUAACCCAUAGUGCGGCGAUUCACUCUUGUCCCUCCGAUUUCUUACACCAAAUGGUAGGAAUUGAAGGACCAGAAACUCCCCUUUUACAGAACGACGGAGUCAAUCGACGAGAAGAUACCCCCAGGCCUACUAUUUCGCGGGGACUUAUGCAGCCUCCCUCCAAUCCAUAUCGCCAACCUCCUACUUAUCGUGACGUCGCCGCGCAAUUCCCUUCCCCACCACCAGACACGCCUCUUGCGCGCAAGGUUAAAGGCAAAGUUACGUUCCGCUCCUCCUUUCGAAACAACGACUCAACUCCCAACGCUAUCCAACCAACUCAAGACCCCAGAGAACGUCCCCGUAACCGUUCCCCCACUCCCUUUCCUCACGUUAGACCGCCCUCUGCACGCUCCAACUUCCCACCCAGCUCACGCCGCCACCAACACUCACUCAUACCUGUCAAUGAUACCAUGUUUAACGACACUAUUGGCGUACCUAUUCCCAGUGUCGCUGCUCAACGACAUAUUCUUGAGGAAAUUAACCAAGGACGCAUUCGUGACGCCGCCGCACAGUUUCUUGAGUCUACCACUAGGAAUCAAGUCGCCGACGGGGCUGGAACUGAAACCAAGUCAGCGGAAACUCAGGGAAGCCCCAUGAGCCAAGACGUCCCUAUUUCCGAUUCUAUUGCUUCGACUCCUACCCUAGAUAUCCAAACCAAGUCGCCAAUCAUUAUUGAACAAACUGAAGCGCCUCCCUCGCUUAUCUUUUCGACUCAAACGGCUAAUAAUUCUCCGAAUCUAUCGUCCAUGGAGCUCCAGUAUCCUCACGACGAAAUUGAAGUGCCAGCCACUCCUACCCCAUCUGCAGAUAAUAAUGGUACGCCGACCGAAGAUAUUGCCAUGACAUCCCUACCUCUUCCUAAUCAUCACUCGUCCACCUCAUCCACCUCGUCCCCUCACUCCACUGAUUCAAUUAUGGCACAAGGGCGACCAUCUCCAGAAUCUAGCCUGGAAGAAAACACGGUCAAAACGGUAAAUGUGCCUGAAACCCCAAAGGGUAAAGCAGGGCAUACCAAGAGUUCCAACACUAUUAUUAUCCCUCCCAGAUAUGCCAAGAAGCCAUGGAAAUUCAAUGGUCCUCCCACAGCACCUGCCAAGUUGCAAAACACACUUGCUAGACGCACCAGAUCGAAAUCUAAGAAGAGCCCUUCUUCGCCACCCCCUCCUUCGACCAUCACCCAGCCUCUUAGCUCCCUCACAUCCCGCCCAUUUCGUCUAUAUCACAACGAAGAAGAAGCAGUCAUGGUUUUCGACUCUGAUGAUGAAAAUGCCGAAAUCUUUCGAAACGGCUUUUUGAUUGAUGAUGGUCAGGGUAACCUCUCUAUUCAGGUUCCUUAUAGUGAAGAGGCACGAAACCUCAUGGCCACCUUACAAUCUGAGGACGUGAGAAAAGAAGAAAUCGAAAAUGUCUCACCAGAGGAACCGGGACCAUCUACUCAAACUACCAGGACAACUCGUAACAUGAGGAAACGCAAGGCCAAAGCCAACAAGAAGGCCACUCAAGAAAGCUCUACUUAA